AUAUUGGUCGAUGUAAACGAUAAGGCGUCCACUUGAAGUAUACACACAGUCUUCACAUACCGGCGGUAGGUAAAACCAAUCAACAAAACACAAAAUGAAGGCGUCUCUGAAAGCCAAAUACGACGCCGACAAAGCCACCGCCGCCUCCGCCGUCACCCUCGCCUUCAACGCCGGCGAUGUCAAACUACGCGCCUCCAUGACCGACGCCACUGUCGUCAACGGCCCUAGCUUAAACGGCUUGGCUCUAGCCGUUGACAAACCUGGAUCUUUUUCUAUUGAUUACAAUGUUCCCAAAAAGGACUUCCGAUUUAUGUUCAUGAACACAAUUAAGGUUUCCGACAAGCCAUUAAACUUGGCGUACAGUCACAGUUUGGGAGAUCAGAAGACUGUGCUUGAUGGGACGCUAGUGAUUGAUUCAGACAACAAAGUAUCUGUUAAUCACGUCCUAGGUUCAGGAAAUUGCAAGUUCAAGUACACGUAUGUUCAUGGAGGGAUCACUACGUUUGAGCCUAGCUAUGAUUUGGCGAAAGAUUCGUGGGAUUUUGCGGUUUCUAGAAAGGUUUAUGCAGAUCAUGUGUUGAGGGCUGCGUAUCAGACGUCUAGUCAAAAUUUGACGGUAGAUUGGGCAACCAAGUCGAAGUUGAUUGGAUCUUACAAGGUUUCAGCAAAUUUCAACUUGGAUGGUGGAGUAAAAGUACCUAAAGUAACUGCCGAGAGCACGUGGGAUUUCGAAAUGUAAAUCUUCGUAUUCGCGUGGAGAUAUUCAUAUUCCCGGUGUCGCUUUAGUUGUUAACUAUGUAUGGUCUUGUUCAUUUAAUGAUGUAAGUGGUUACUUACUUUACAAACCAUCAUAAGUGUCAAUGUCUAAACUAUUGGUUUCAUAUUGAGCCAUAAAGACGAUUUAUAUGUCCGUAGUUUCUUGGAUACGGUUUUGGUC